UCUCAGAGGGAAAGACCAGCUGUAGCUAUUGAGCAGGGGAGUGAGGGGCAGGGCCUUCCUGGACCUCAAGUGCUGGAGGCUGCGAGGGAGAGAGGAACAGGGGGGAAGACCCUGGGCAGACCCGGUUCAAUCUCCUUUUCAGUCCUCUCUCUCCCACCGUGGCACAGGAGCCUGGGCACUAUGGACCUAGGAGGGUCUGCCCCAGUCCAUGGCGGUGCUCGUGUCCUUGGCGCUGGGUGGAAGAGAAGCCCCUGCUGUGUUUUAAACGACUGGGUUCAUUGAGCGACCCUCGCUCUUGUCUCCAGAGAGAGGCAACAGCAACUCCCUGCGGCCCCGCUCUUCGCCGUGUAGCAUCGGCGCGGGGCUCGCUCCACCAGCGGCGGCGGCGGCGGCGGCAGGAGGGGCCCGGACACGUGCGGGGAGAGGGGCAGCCGCCGCGGCUGAGCAGGGAGCGCGGGGCAGAGCCUGAGUCACAACUUCCCAGACCUUCAACGCCGGCAGCUGCGAGCGGGGAGGCAGCGGGAAGGCGCCGGGGCGGCUGGAAGAGGCCGGGAGGCGGCGGCGGGGGCAGCCCCUGCGCGGCGCGGCGCCCCCGGCUGCUGCGGCGGAGCAUGGAGCGGGUCCCUGGCUGGCGCCUGCCCUGAGCGGCACCCCGGCAUGGACGUGCCCGGCGCGGCGCGGCGCGGGGGCUGAUCGGCGGCCGGGGCUGAGCAGGUCAAACCAGCACCUGCUCCACUGAUCAUGGUCAGCGAGACCUUAAACUACUGGGAUCCUGAUUUUGAGGACGAUGUCAUCAACAUUAAUGUCGGGGGUCUGAGAAGAAGGCUCAGCUCUAGCGCUCUCUCCAAGUUUCCUGACACCCGCCUGGGGCGCUUGCUGUCCUGUGACUCAGAAGAGUCCAUCCUGCAGCUCUGCGAUGACUAUGACGUGAGUGCCAGGGAGUUUUACUUUGAUAGGAACCCAGGUUUCUUCCUGUAUGUGCUUCACUUUUACCAGACUGGGAAGCUGCAUGUCAUGGAGGAGCUUUGCGUCUUCUCUUUCUGCCAAGAAAUAGAGUACUGGGGCAUCAAUGAGUUCUUCCUGGACUCAUGCUGCAGCUACCGCUACCACGAGCGCAAGCUAGAGAGCCGGCACCACAACUGGGAUGAGGAGAGUGAGGUCAGCAGUGUGGACACCUCCCCAGAUGAGAUAUCGGAUAUCAAUCUUGACUUGCUCCGCUACAGCACGUUGCGCUGUGGCAACUUGCGGAAGCGCCUUUGGCUUACCAUGGAGAACCCGGGCUACUCCAUUCCCAGCAAACUCUUCAGCUUUGUGUCCAUCAGCGUGGUGCUUGUCUCCAUAGCUACCAUGUGCAUCCACAGCAUGCCAGAGUACCAGGAGGUGGAUGAGAAUGGUACUGUGCUGGAUGCCCCCAUCCUGCACAACCUGGAGUAUUUCUGCAUCUCCUGGUUCACCUUUGAAGUGUCUUCUCGCUUGCUGCUGUCUCCCAACCCACGAAAAUUCUUCAAGCACCCUCUGAACCUGAUAGACAUUGUCUCUGUCCUGCCUUUCUACUUUACCCUUCUGGUGGACGUGACUCUGGGCAGUGACUCAGAGCUGGGGAACCUGGGCAAGGUGGUGCAGGUCUUCCGUCUCAUGAGGAUAUUCCGGGUUCUCAAGCUGGCACGGCAUUCAACUGGGCUGAGAUCGCUAGGGGCCACCUUGAAGCACAGCUACAGGGAGGUGGGCAUCCUGCUGCUCUACCUGGCUGUGGGAGUCUCUGUGUUCUCUGGAGUGGCCUACACAGCUGAGAAAGAGGAGGAUGUUGGUUUCGACACCAUCCCGGCCUGCUGGUGGUGGGGUACAGUCAGCAUGACCACUGUGGGCUACGGAGACGUGGUGCCAGUGACCGUAGCUGGCAAACUGGCAGCUUCAGGCUGUAUCCUGGGCGGGAUCCUGGUGGUGGCAUUGCCCAUCACAAUCAUUUUCAACAAAUUCUCCCACUUCUACCGCAAGCAGAAAGCCUUGGAGGCUGCCGUAAGGAACAGCGACAAGAAGGAGCUAGAGGACACUGAAGAUUUUUCCAGCCAGAACCAAGACUCGGAGGCUCUGAGUGAAAUCUUCCAGGAGGGAAGCAAGCCAGACCGCCAGCGCCUGACCAAAGAUACCCUUCCUGCUCACUGAACACACAGCGGCUAGAGCUGAUGAUUCCUACAUGGUGUUUUUUCCUAAACAAAUAUAGCCUGGAGGUCCAGGUCGGAAUGGUACUGACUCUUUUACCAUUGCUGACUCUUAUGCACUGGAAGUAAACAGGAGAUGAAACACCCCACAUGAUGCUCACACAGUGCACUGCCCUUGUGCUGGGACAAUGAAGAAAAACUACCAGAACUAGAAUGACAAUAGCUCUGGGCUGCCCCAGACUUACAAAAAAUCCAUCUGGCCUCCUUAACACUGUGCACAACAUCUGACAAACUUCUCUGCCAGGCAAAGGAUAAAUCAAGAGUCAACAAGAUAUGCCCAUUAGGUCCUAGCUGUUUCUGACCCUUGCAGUGGUGACAGCAGGCAGCAGCUGUAUCCAUUAGGACAUGCACUGAAUAACAGUAUUCACUGUAGUAAUGGCAAUAGUGUCAGAGCCCCCAAAUGCCAAUUAGGAAAUAAAAUUAAGUUACCAAGGACUUAGAAAAGGAAAGGGUGAAGAACCAAAUCAAGAAGCAGAAAGACCUCUGGCCUGCUGGUCUGCCUGGCCACCAGUAACUCCUUCCAAGGUCCUGCAGCCCAGAGUUCUGUCUGGCCUAUCACAAUGUCAGUGCUGAGCACUUAGCUCCCGUUUCCAAACCCACCACUCUGAAACACAUGAGCUCCAGAUUCUACCUGUGUUUGCAAUAGGAAUAUUUCCUGGGGGCUGGGACUGGGCUUUGGAGUGUGGUGAAAUAAUCUCUGCAAAGAACUAGUCAGAGGGACAAGCCUAAACCUGACUGGUUGUCUCACAAGUACCCAACCUGACCUGAUAUUAAACACUGGGUCCACAGCUUGCUUUCAGCUUCCUUCCUUGGGAAAUCCUAACUGAUCACUUCCUUUCCAUUCCUUAGUGGAUGAAGAGGAGAAAUGAGGGUGGUAAAGUGAAUGGUGUCUACAUACCAUGUGGGAUCACAGAAAAGGUAACAUCAAAAUAUAUGUUUUCUUCCAGUGCGUAGCUGAGGCUGGAAUGGUGCUCAGAUGUCCUUGUAAGAGCCACAAUAUCAGCACAUCUGUUCGCCUUCGUUAAUGAGAAUGCGUUCACUUAGGCAGCCAAGUGUUGUGGCCGUAAAAGAGCACCCUGCAAAGAGCAAUGUUUUGGAGAGCCAGAGAAAGCAGUUCGCCAAGGCUCUGUGGCACCAUGUAGAUAGUUCCAGGAGAGCUCUCUGUUAAGGAGAGAGGUGAUUCCCCAUCCUUCAGUGUUCCCUGGGCUGGCACUGAGUGGCAUGGCAUAUCCUGAAUAAGCCAGCAUGCCAGCUAGCUGAACAACUGCCCAUAGCCAAUCUGUCAGUCUUGCCAUAUCUUUCAGGUUAGGCUGGAAGUGGGUGCCAGUGCUCUGAUGGGCAGACACAUGGGAGAACAGCUUUGCAGGGGAUCUGACAGACACAGAAAGAAGAGAAGAUUUCACCACUGUGUGGACAAAGCCCCAAAGCAGUGAAAAACCCUGGCUUUUACCUAAACACGUGCUCCAAGCCCAUAUGUUGGUGACCUCCAACAGGUUUUCUUCUUUGACCUUCAUUCUUAGAGGUUUCUGGAGAAAUUCUCUUGUCCUGGUUGCCCAGCUGCAUGCAGUGGCCAUUUGGGAAAUGAAACUCAGAGAACAAGAGCUAUCUGCUGGUUCCAAGCAGGUCCUUUGCGAUCACAACACUUACUGCUGAUUCAGCCUCCUUUCUCUAAGAUUUCCCCUGCUCUCCAAGCUGCUCUUUUCCACCCUUUCUUGCCUUCCUGGAUGCUCCUUGCUCCUUUUUCUGACUCCUAAGCUUUCCAAACUGUUCCAUGGCUUUUCCCAAGCAGCCACACCCCUUAAGUUUCUUAGAUGUUCCCUACUGCUCUGCUCUAUCCCAGAUACUUCAUGGGGAACAGAGCCUCUGACCUCGCCCACCAGUCCUUGUGCUGGGGUAGUAGCUCAUCCUUCAGUGGGAGUACUGUGAUGAUCCAGUGCUGCUCCACAGAGGAAUCCCUUCCUCUCUGUUCUUCCUUUGCCAUCAGUCUCUUGCCUGUCUUCACUGCUGACUGUCUUGGCUGGUACCAAGGAAAAAGUAUUCUGUGCUUAAAUAUCCAUCUGGUGCUAACUCAUGUGAAUCCUCAUGUGCUGCACUGGGCCCAUUGUCAACACAUCAUGUGACACAGAUGCCAUAACUUGAAAAAUGUGUUUCCUGGCAAUAGAUUUCCCUGGAGGGCCUCCAGAUGGCUAACCUCCCAGAGGCUGGAGCAGCAAUCUAUGCUGAGACACGGUGCCCGUAAUAAGUAGGUUCUUAGGGAAGGUGUGGGUUGGGAUGUCAUGAGGUUGGCCACUUUCCUGCUGUCAGUCAACUGUAUGCUGUGCCCACCUUGCACCAUUCUCCACUGGCUCUAUCUCAUGGUCCCAGAUCACUUCAAUCUUUACAUCUCCUUUUAAAAUGAUAGCAUACUCAGCUAGUUCCUAAUUCAAGUGACUCAAAAUGGGCUGGGCUGAUGCCCAUUGUCAUUCAUACCCAGCAGUACCAGCAUGAAGGUGAGACUGAAUGCUUCCUUCAGCUCAGCAUGCCAACAUCGCACAGUAGGUGUGCUGUACCUGGAGGUACCGUAGAUCCUCCCUGAGAAUACCGUUCUGUUCCAUGAUAUUAGAUCACUGCACAUCCUCAGUUUAGCCCUUCUAGGCUGCUGAACUACACUGCUAUUUUCAAUUGGUGUGUGACGACUCUUCCUUGCAGACUCUUGUGUUCCCUCCCCAGUGCCUCCACCAGGGCCAAUGGAGUAUCUGCAUGUCAUCAGUCAUGUAGGCCACAGAGAGAGGAGGUCUUUGUCUAACCUCAGCUUGCUGUCUAGGUGCCUCUUUCUUUGAAAGACGGUCUCCUUUUUUAGCAGAAACUUGGACUGGUCUUGUGGUGACUGCCCUCCCCCUCUUCCCUCACCAGAAGGAUACUUCGGUGUUGUCCUGCAAUCAGAUGGAGAGCUCACACUGCCCUGCUGCCUAGCCUAAGCAGUGCUCCUCUGGCAGUUACUAUAAACACUAAACUAUAAUGCCCCUGGUUUCAUGACCUUCCAGUUGACAACCUGCAUGUGCCUACUGCCCUUGGAAGGGUUGUGUUGUGUAUCACCAGUGUGCAGCACACUUCUCCAGUGUAACAUGUCUGUGUAUCACUUUGCAGCUGGCUGCUGAGUCCAGCUGGAAUGGCACUGGGUGUUGAUCCAACAGCAGAGCUGCAACUAUAAACAGCUGAACAGCUGGCAGCCUUCUUCUAGUAGUGCACGUAGUGCACACGUGCACACAGCACCUUGGAUCUUAACACCUUCUUCUUUACUGGAAGCCUUUCUUCUCUCAGACACUGUAUGCACUGCAGCUUCUUUCUUCCUAUGGUAGCUGCAGCAUUUGGGCAUAUUCCUUGCACAUUGCCUCUAGUCUGGGUUUUUCUGUUCUAUUGUUGUGUCACUUCCUUGCGCCUGUGCGUACAACAGACCAUGAUGUCUGCAUUCUCACUCUGUCCCCUGCCUCCUGUCUUCUUUAUCAUCUCGAGCCUGUUUAGUUGUUCGAGUGGCUGUCAUUUCCCUUUCCAUUUGCCCUCCUAUCUGGAGGCAUUUCUCCAGGGUUAGUUCUGUUUGUCCAUAAUUUUUCUUGUAAAUUGGAAACAAGUAACCCUCAAAUGAUCUCCUCUUUGCUUAGGGAAUCUUUUACAUCUCCAGAUCCUUAUGGAAACCAUAUUGCUAUAUUCACCAACACAAAGGUGUUUUAGAAAAUUCUGACUUUAAUUAAACUUUUCCCAUCUCACAAUUCCUUUUUGACCCACAGUCUGGGACCCUCCUGCCUCCCAGUCUGGAAACCCCUGAUGGGGCUCUGUUGAUGUCCUUUCACUUGUUACCUGCACACCAGUGCCAUUUCCAGCUCUCUGCCCAUACUCUGCUGUUCUGAGUAGGAGCCCCCACCUACUCUUUCAAUUUUGCAGGUGUCCCUUUCUCAUGUCUUCUCUCUAUCUCCAAGCUUGGUGGGGCUGUGAGGGAUAAUCUGGACAUCAGACCUUGAAAGUUACUAUUUUCUCUGCCCUGACAGCCAGCAGCAGACAGAAGUAACCAGAGAAAGAGUCUAUUAAAGACACAUGGAGCCAAACAGAUCUUCAGUGGAAUGCCAGUGACUUCAGCAGAGGUGCAGCAGAGAGCAAUUUGGCCCACUGGCCUAUGGCAAUGCAGUGAGACAUUUUCUCCACACAGAUACAGCAUCUCAGAGCCUUGAAAGAGGAUCAUUAACUAUUUAACAGGCACUGCUGUUUUGACAUGUCUGGAGAUGUAGGUCAGGCUUAGCUGAUGCAGCUUACUGUUAGAACGAAUGGGAGAUCAGACAGUUUCAAAGUGGUUAGACACAUUUCAUUGACUAAAGAUGAAACAACGAUUAGCUCAAUGAAAUUCCAAUAACGUUUGAUUGUGGGAGUUUGCUUCUGCCCAAACCCUUGUGAGUCCUCUCUGCCUAUGGAUCAUCAGGUGUGUUAUUUUGAGUAUCAGGAUACAGCACCUGCAAGAGCUUUACACACAGACUUAACAUUGCAGGCUGCAAGAACUGGUAUACUUCCCUGCUGAUAAUAUCACUGUAGCUUUGCUCCAUUGACUUCACUGGGAUAAUUCAUGGUGCCUUCCGUGAAGCCUGGAAAACAGCCUUGGAGCGAUUGGGGUGGGGGUGGGGAUAUGUGUUGGAGCUUGAGUAGCCAGGUGUCUCCAUGGGAAGGAAAAUCAGUGGCUGCAGUUACAUUUGUGUUGACUGGGGAUACCUCAGGUCCCAUCUGCCAUAGCUGGGCUCUGUACAAAGACAGCUGCCUUGUUUGCUGGUUGGCAUUCAGGCUCCUGCUUCAUACUCCUUGGUAAUGUCACUGAAUGAAAAAAAAACCUAACAACAAAUUUGCUUUUCUAAAAAUAGCAGUGUUUCACCCCCAGGCCACGUCCACGCCGCCUAAGCUCAUCCCGCCGUCAGACAAUGCAUUGCCUCUUCUGAGGCUCGCUUGUCAUCGGCACAGUGCACUUCCUGCUGGGAGUUAGCAGGAAAAGGCGGCUUAGACUGACAGGCCACCCCGGGGUGAUGAGACAGCCAGGCUGGCUCAGGCAGUGCUGGAAAUGCAUUGCUAAUCCCUGUCCCCAGCUAGGGCCCAAUCCAGAGCCCAGUGCAGACAAAGGCAGCUUUGGCUAUUGGAUCCAGCAGACUCGGAGCAGGUCUCUUAAGUGACUUAUAAAGGAAGCAGCUUUCCUCCUGACAAAGAACCUCAUGCCCAGCAGACGGAGAUUAUGCUGAUCUCACAGCAAAUGAUUUUAAUGUCCAGUUUCCCAAGGAACCCAGCAGGGUGUAGGGCCAGAGCACUAGUCUAGGCUAGGGGGAGGAAGAAACACUCAGCUCCCACCUCUUGGGAAACUUUGACAGCAGCCCUCAGCAAGGGCAAGAGAAGGCAACAGCCAUGGAAGAUGGGCUCUCUGCCCUGUGGUGGGGACAAGCUGGAUUGUUGCCCCCUCCCACAGAGCCUUGUCAAACCACAGCCAGGGAUAAAGCUGCUCAGCCCCACGGGAAAGGCUCUGGUCACAGCAGUGAAGGGGCUGUUGUCACUGUUACCUCCUGUGGGUUGUGAAAAGCCAUGUUGUAGGAUCCAGCUCUCCUUGUGCAGGUAAAGCCAACAAGACUUAAGCCAGCAUUUGUAGGCCUGUGGAGAGACUGCCCUGUGGGGACUCAGGGUGGGCUGGGGCACAUUUUUAAGCAACAGCAAUAGCAAUUAUACUUUGAGGACUAUUUCCCCAGUACAGGAGCCCUAGGUCUGACACACUUGUCAUGAUACAGUCAUGUAUGAGCCACAAUGUGACUGCUAGCAACAGACAGGGCAGGAGAACAAAAGCUGUCAGCUCAUGAAAGGCACUGCCAUUUCUUGUUAAUGGCCCAGGUUAAAGGUUCAUUUUCCUCUGAAGCAGAAGCAGCUGGAGGGGAUGGGAGUCUGAGCACUUUAACAUUUAGGGUUUGUAAGCAGGGGCAACAGCUGUUCCAAGAGCGGUGGAUGCAAUUUUGUGGAUCAGGGUUAGGGAAGCUGCUCCUCUGUAGCUGUUGGGUCCUUGACACUGGAACAGACCAUCCGCUACCAUAAAUUCUGUACAGCUCUAGUGACUUUAGAGGAUCAACACUGAUCUCUGUUAGCAGAGCAGCUUGCCUGUUGCAGUUAAGUGCAGCAAACAACUGCUCAACAGAGGUGCCCCACGGAAAUCUUGCUGUAUUUGACACUGCCACCCUACAGAUUUCCUCUUUUUCUGUCCUUGGCUAACCACAUGGGAAAUGCUAGCUCCUUUCCCAUGAAUGUAAGCAUUGUCUCCUUAUGAUGCUCAUUAAAGGUGUCACAUCUGCAUUGGAUGUGGUGACAAAUGUCUCUCUCAGCUGAUUGUAGUAUCAGAGCAACUGUACCCAAUGCAAAACCAGCUGCUUCCCCCAAAAGCUCCUGCAGCAGCAGUGUGACACAGAGAGGAGUUGGGAGCUCUCCAAAAGAGGAACAAAUCCCACCUAGUUUGAGGUGUCCCCCGGUCUGCCUGGCUGCAGAUCGGGAGGUUGUACCAUGUCAGCCCCAGCCCAGCCUGGCUCAGCUGCUAAGCUGGCUGGUCCAUUUGUGUCUUAACGACAAGCUGCACAAACCCAGCAGGAUGAGAACAGGUCUGACCUGCUGUUUCAUCCUGUGGGUGCUUACAUGGGGGGAGCUGUCCUAUACGUAUGCCGCCUAAUGGCACAUCCAGAAUGCCUGUUCACUUGCCCUUUCCUGAUCUGUCACCACUUCUCUGCUUAGAUGAGCUAUGGGAUUUAUGCAAGUGGCUGCAAUUGGCUGCUUGCAUGAGCAGGGAGCUGAAUUUCAGGGGGCGCCUGCGACAGAACCCGCGUGCUUUGACAACCUGCCCUUCACUUGAGAAAUGGCUGGUGAGCACAGGCUUGAGCGCAUGCUGUCCGCCAAAGCGCACCAUCAAGCCGUGCAUGCAAAAGGAGACCGGGGGGAGGAGCAUUGGGAAGGUCAAAGCUCUACAAACACGCAUGGAGCCGCAGUCGGUUUCUGCUCCCUCAGCCUGAUCUGCAAAAAUCACAUUAGAACUUCAGUAUCAAUUCCCAGGGCUGAUUAAAUCAUCCAGCCGCUCCCCUGCAUGGGGAGAGGGUUAGGAGGAAAUUGAAAAGGGAUGCACACUAGACCUCAGAAAGCAACAGAAACGGUGGGGGAUUUAACUUUGAUUCUAUUAAUUUAUUCCCGUAUAUGGCCUGUCACUGUACUGGCCCUGGGCUCUCUGCCAAGCUUCCUCUGAGAGCCUGGGACUGGUGGGUAUCUGCAGACCCCUUCUUAUUAGAGUGUGUUAGGUCACACAGGUGAAUGUGCUGCUGUUGCAAGGGCCCCUCAAGCUGCAGAAUUGCUUCCCCAUCUUUUUGUGUAUAUCCACAGAUCCCCAUAUUCCCCCUGAUAGUUGGUGUCUGGGCACCAUGAUGCUGGGAGGGAGGGGAAGGAAAGCAAGGAUAUGCCCCCAGAGAGAGGGCUCUUCAAGGAGGCCGGGGCUGGUCUUGGCAGCUCUAGCUUUCCUCCUGCAGAAACAAAGGCUGCAUGUCCCCGGGCAGGUUGUUAGGUCUGUCUGAGCUGUGCUCAAGGCAGAUGUGAGGAGCUGGGGAAGGUCCUCUCAGCCACCUCUGUGCUCCUCCAGCCCUGACUACUCUCAGUCUCACUAGCAAGAACAGCUUGGUAGCUGGACUGCUUGACCAACUGGAGGCUGCUGGAACUGCUCUUGCGCUGGGAGAGGAGACGCAGGUCGGACUGCAUGCUGUGGUGCCCCCAAGGACUCCUCUGUGGAAGAUGGAAGCUCAGCUAGCAGAAAAGGGGCCUGAUCUGACCCAUCAUGUCUAAGUCUACAAUGCAAGGGAUUGCUUACAAUUUCCUGGAUACUAGGAGCUUGGUGGUUACUGAGCCAUCAGGAUAUAUAACAAAGGCUGAUUUCAAAGGAAUCAAAUGGAGAAAUUCUGGGCUUUCCCAUUCAGGUCACCUUCAGAACUGAAGCAUGCAGCAGCAUUAAUGACCCGAUGCCUUCCCUGGUUAUUCAUUCCCACAGGGAGAGGCAGGCACUUCCCUAGGGGAUGGGAUGUACCUAUGCAUACACUGGACCUAAGCAAAUAUGGAAAUCUGGGCCUAAGCCACCCCACACUCACCCACGCUCGGUUGUGACAAUGGUGUCUCAACCUAAGAGCAGCUUGUCUAAAUGAAACAGCAGCAGAGAAAACAGCUUGGCAGGCAGUUCUAGCCUCACUGAAGGCAAAGCAGGAAAGGCAUUAUGUGGAGGGGGUGCCUGGUAAACCAACUCCAAGAGAAGCCACCACAAGGAGCAGAGGGAGCUAGACAUGCCAUUACUAUCCAUCUGAGUCUUCCAGUAUUACUAAGUCAGCAUAGCCUCAUUCACUCCUACAGCAAGAAGUGACCACUGUUUCUGCUCUGGAGUUUACUGGCUCCUGCUAGUUACUUGAAAAAAGGAAGGAGUUUCCCUUCUCUCUGUAAAUAUUCCAGUAGCCAAAUGUAUUUAAAUGUGAGAGCGACAUAACUGUAUUCAUUAUGAGCAUUAUGCAAAUAAGUAAAAAGCAUGUAAAGUAAUUUUCUAUCUAUGCAUGGGGAUGCAUACUGUAAUAUUUUAUUAAAGAUUAUUCUAAGGGCA